AUGGGAAUCCGGCUUCUUGGAGUGAUUAGCGCACGGCUCUUCCAGCGAUCCCUGAGCUGGAACCGGUCAUCCCCGACUUCAGACGUGCCCAAGGGUCACUUUCCCGUCUAUGUCGGUGAGGAGAACAAGCGGUUCGUCGUCCCCGUAUCCUUCUUGGAGCACCCUUCCUUCCAAAGCCUGCUCCAGCUUGCGGAGGAGGAACUGGGCGUUGAUCACCAGGCCGGCGGCCUCAGGGUGCCCUGCAGGGAGGACGCCUUCGUCGCCCUAACUAAACGGUUGAGUAGCUGCCGCUCGUGA